AUGUUCGGCCGUCUUACCCACUACGCAUUUGAUGCGGUUCUCCUCUCCGCCUUCCUCGCAGGCGUCAAGCGCUCCACGGGCCUCACCCUCAAUUCAGACAAGAUCACAGACAACAAAGACAUCAAGAAAUGGGUUGAUAGCUACCUUGGUGUUGGCGAGUGGAUGAUGGACCAGUCGGUGGCUGUUAUGGGCUCGUCCGCCUGGUUUGAACGACGCCGAUGA